AUGCGUUUCUCUCCCCUUCUCGGCCUCGUUGGCGUUGCCAACGCGGUCUGCCCCUUUGCGGACUCCAACGGCGGCCAGCAUGAACGUCGUGAUGCUUCGUCCGAAGGUGCUGCCGCCAACACCGAGGAAUUCUUGUCUCAAUACUAUCUGAAGGACGAUGAUGCAUACCUCACGUCCGAUGUGGGAGGUCCGAUUGCCGAUCAGGACAGUCUGCAGGUCGGUGACCGAGGUCCGACUCUGCUGGAGGAUUUCAUCUUCCGUCAGAAGAUCCAGCGUUUCGACCAUGAACGUGUUCCCGAACGUGCAGUGCAUGCUCGGGGUGCUGGUGCCCACGGUGUCUUCACCUCGUACGGAGACUACUCCAACAUCACUGCUGCUUCUUUCCUCGGCAAGAAGGGCAAAGAGACGCCCGUUUUCGUGCGAUUCUCGACCGUCGCUGGCAGCCGUGGUAGCUCCGACCUUGCUCGUGACGUUCACGGCUUCGCGACUCGCUUCUUCACGGACGAGGGUAACUUCGACAUCGUCGGCAACAACAUCCCCGUCUUCUUCAUCCAGGAUGCCAUCCUCUUCCCCGAUCUCAUCCACGCCGUCAAGCCCCGCGGCGACAAUGAGAUCCCUCAGGCUGCCACCGCGCACGACGCGGCCUGGGACUUCUUCAGCCAGCAGCCCAGCUCCCUGCACACGCUCUUCUGGGCCAUGGCCGGUCACGGUAUCCCCCGUUCGUUCCGCCACGUCGAUGGCUUCGGUGUGCACACCUACCGCUUCGUGACCGAUGACGGAUCCACCAAGCUCGUCAAGUUCCACUGGAAGUCGCUGCAGGGCAAGGCCAGCUUGGUCUGGGAAGAGGCGCAGCAGGUGUCCGGCAAGAACCCCGACUUCCUGCGCCAGGAUCUGUUCGAGUCCAUCCAGGAGGAACGGUACCCCGAGUGGGAGCUCGGCGUGCAAGUCAUGGACGAGGAGGACCAGCUCCGCUUCGGCUUCGACCUGUUCGAUCCCACCAAGAUCGUGCCCGAGGAGCUGGUGCCCAUCACCAAGCUGGGCAAGAUGACGCUGAACCGCAACCCGCGCAACUACUUUGCCGAGACCGAGCAGGUCAUGUUCCAACCCGGCCACAUCGUCCGCGGUGUCGACUUCACCGAAGACCCUCUCCUCCAGGGCCGUCUCUUCUCGUACCUCGACACCCAGCUGAACCGUCACGGCGGUCCCAACUUCGAGCAGCUGCCCAUCAACCAGCCCCGCGUCCCCAUCCACAACAACAACCGUGAUGGCGCCGGCCAAAUGUUCAUCCCGCUCAACCCCAACGCCUACACCCCCAACACCUCCAACAAGGGCUCUCCCAAACAAGCCAACCAAAGCGUCGGCAAGGGCUUCUUCACGGCCCCGAACCGCUCCCCCAGCGGCCACCUGACCCGGUCCGUCAGCCCCAGCUUCCGCGACGUGUGGUCGCAGCCGCGUCUCUUCUACAACUCGCUCCUCCCCGCGGAACAGCAAUUCCUCAUCGACGCCAUCCGCUUCGAAACCUCGAACGUCAAGAGCUCCGUCGUCCGCCAGAACGUGAUCCUCCAACUCAACCGCGUGUCGAACGAUCUCGCGCGCCGCGUCGCCCGCGCCAUCGGCGAGAAGGAACCCUCCCCGGACACCAAGUUCUACCACCACAACAAGACCCUCAACAUCGGCGCGUUCGGCCACCCGCUCUCCAAGCUCGAGGGCCUGAAGGUCGGGUUCCUGGCCAGCGCGCAGAACGCCUCGUCCAUCAAGGUGGCGGCGGAGCUGAGCGACGCGCUCGCCAAGUCCGGCGUCGACACUGUCGUCGUCGCCGAGCGCCAGGUCGACGGCGUCGAUCAGACGUACUCCGGGUCCGACGCUAUCCAGUUCGAUGCCGUGGUUAUCGCCCCCGGCGCUGAGGGCCUGUUUGCGCCCGCCUCGUUCACCGCCCCGCCGUCGAACUCGACCGGCUCCGUGGCCACCUACUUCCCCGCCGGUCGGCCCCUGCAGAUCCUCGUUGAUGGGUUCCGGUUUGGAAAGCCCGUCGCCGCCCUGGGCUCUGGUGCGUCGGCGCUCAGGGGCUCCGGCAUCUCGGCGUCCCGCGAGGGCGUGUAUGUGGCGCAGGAGGUGACGGAUGCGUUCGUGGAUCAGAUCAAGAAGGGGUUGCGCACGUUUAAGUUCUUGGAUCGCUUUGCGCAGGAUAACUAG